CCUGUUUUUUCCUCCACAUUUCUUCUCUCUCUCCCCUUCAUCGCCGAUCUUUACCGUUCUCCGUCGUAGCGCCACCGGCAAACCCUAGUUGACCUCGGAGACCCCUGUUCAGGUGUUUGUGUGUUUCUCUCUCGGGUUCUUUACCCCGAAAAUUUCCGAGAAAGCCCUAGGAGAUCAGAGGAGCUAGGAGGAUGGCCGCUUCGACGACCACAAGCGCUUUGUACAUUCACGUCAUCGAGGACGUGAUCAACAAGGUCAGGGACGAGUUCAUCAACAACGGAGGUCCUGGAGAGAGUGUUCUCAACGACCUUCAGGGAAUUUGGGAAAUGAAGAUGAUGCACGCUGGAGUCAUAUGUGGACCGAUAGAGCGGUCAUCUGCUCCGAAGCCAAUUCCUGGGGGUCCAUUGACGCACGAUCUGAAUGUUCCCUACGAAGGCGCAGAGGAAUACGAGACUCCAACAGCUGAAAUGCUCUUCCCUCCAACUCCUCUUCCGACGCCUCUCCCGGGUACUGCUGAUAACUCUUCCAUGUACAACAUCCCUACUGGCUCUAGUGGUUAUCCAACUCCUGCAAGUGAAAAUGGAAACGUUCCUGAUCUUAAAGGAAGCCCAAGUCCUUAUAUGCCAUCAUCCUCUCCAUGGUCAAAUCCAAGGCUCGAUGUCAAUGUUGCUUAUGUCAAUGGCCAAAAUGUGGCUGAGAGAGGAAACUCUAAUCAGCAAUUGACACAGGACUUCUUUGUGCCAUCUUCUGUGAAAAGAAAACGUGAGGACUUUCCUGCACAAUAUCCAAAUGGUGGAUCUAUACCUCAACAAGAUGGAGCCAAUGAUGCGGUGUCCAAGGGAACCGAAGGGGAAAGUGUGACCAAUGAAUUUAGCAGAAAUGUCUCAGGAAAUUUCAUCAGCUCAUCUCUGAAGAUUCCUCAAGUUGAUGGGCCAAUGCCCGACCCUUACGAUGAUAUACUGUCUACGCCCAAUAUAUACAGCUACCAAGGAGUCAAUGAAGACUACAACGAAGCAAAAACUCCUGCUCUUAAUGAAACCCAAGCCAGCACUCUUGUUGCUGCACAAAAUGAUGAAGAUGACGAUGAGUUAUUGAAUGAAGAUGAUGACGAUGAUGAGUUGGAUGACCUCGACAGUGGUGAGGAUGUUAACACUCAACACCUAGUUUUGGCUCAAUUCGACAAGGUUUCUCGCACAAAGAGCAGGUGGAAAUGCACGCUGAAGGAUGGGAUCAUGCAUAUAAACGAUAAAGACAUUCUCUUCAACAAGGCAACAGGGGAGUUCGACUUCUGAUCUCAGUACAAGGAUGUCUUGUUUCCUUGCCACAGCAACACUGCAUCUGUAAGAGUCACUCUUUCAAUGUUCCAUCUCUUUUUAGACAAACAUGAUAGAGAAAUAUUAAGUGAGAGGGUAGUCGUGUAGGUAUUUGGCCUGCUGUACAUAAAGAACAUUUUUUUUCCAGCCUAAGAAGUCUCUUUCCUUUUUGUUUGCACGGCGGAAUUUGUAUUUUCAAUUACACGUUUUUCCUAGUACA